GUUGUUUGCCUUUGUCAAUCUCCACCACAUCAUCUCCUACCUCGUCCUGCCUGCGGUGGCCUUCUCCUGCCUCUGCCUGCUUCACAAGUCCUUCUCUGACUCUGUCUUGGCCAUCCUAUUCCUAGCUCAUCAUCACACUCUUGCAUACGUGCUUGUUGUCAACUCCAUUGAGAGCGUCGCCGUUGAUGGCUGAGCCGCCGGCGACCAAGGUAUACCACGAUGGCUGCCCCGGCUGCGCCAUGGAGCAGAGGAAGGAGGAGCACAAGGGCAUUCCCUACAAGGAGUUCCUCUUCGUUGCCAUCACCACCCUCGCCUCCUCUCUGCCAAUCUCUUCCUUGUUCCCCUUCUUGUACUUCAUGAUAAGGGAAUUGCAUAUUUCUCGGACAGAGGAAGAUAUUGGAUUCUAUGCUGGAUUUCUUGGCGCAUCAUAUAUGAUCGGUCGAGGUUUUGCAUCAAUCUUGUGGGGUAUGGUAGCGGAUCGUAUUGGCCGAAAGCCUGUCAUUAUCUUUUCCAUUUUUGCAGUCAUUGUGCUCAAUACUUUGUUUGGAUUAAGUGUGAAGUACUGGAUGGCUGUUACCACGAGAUUCCUUCUUGGUGCUCUGAAUGGAUUGCUUGCACCAAUAAAGGCUUACUCUAUCGAAGUUUGCCGAGCUGAACAUCAAGCUCUGGGCCUAUCAAUUGUGAGCACAGCAUGGGGAAUAGGUCUUGUAGUUGGUCCAGCAAUUGGAGGCUACCUCGCGCAGCCUGUCAAACAAUAUCCUCAUCUUUUUCAUGAAAAGUCAAUAUUUGGGAGAUUUCCAUACCUUCUACCCUGUCUUUGUAUAUCACUUUUUGCUCUCUUGGUCCUCAUAAGCUGUAUAUGGCUACCGGAGACCCUACAUAAGCAUAAAGGCCUUGAAACAGGAGUGGAGGCAGCUGAAGCUUCUACUACUCAAGGAAGUGCAGAAUCACAUAAGAAAAGUUUAUUCAGAAAUUGGCCAUUGAUGUCAUCUAUCAUCACAUAUUGUGUCUUCUCCCUUCACGACACCGCAUAUAGCGAGAUAUUUUCUCUGUGGACUGUAAGUGAUAGAAAAUAUGGUGGACUCAGCUUUUCAUCUAAAGAUGUUGGGCAAGUUCUUGCAGUGGCAGGUGCCAGCCUUCUUGUAUAUCAACUUUUUAUCUACCGUUGGGUUGAUAAAAUUCUUGGACCUAUCAACUCAACCCGCAUUGCGUCGGUACUAUCUAUACCGAUUAUUGCUGCUUAUCCCUUUAUGACGCACUUAUCAGGAAUAAGACUUGGUGUGGCCCUCUAUAGUGCAGCAAUGAUCAAAAGUGUUCUUGCUAUAACUAUAAUUACGGGCACUUCUCUUCUACAAAACAAAGCAGUGCCACAAGGGCAACGGGGUGCUGCAAACGGAAUAGCUACAACGGCCAUGUCCUUGUUCAAGGCUGUUGCACCAGCUGGCGCAGGUGUUCUAUUCUCUUGGGCACAAAAGCGACAGCAUGCAGCAUUUUUUCCAGGUGAUCAGAUGGUGUUUCUUUUACUGAACCUGACUGAGGUCAUUGGACUCAUGUUGACCUUCAAACCUUUCUUGGCGGUUCCUCAACAAUACAAAUAGAACAUUCAGAUACUGUCAGCUGGUGUGGCAAACACCAUAGAGAGAUAGUUGUAGCUAGUACUAUGUUUUAGUAUUAAAACAUGGUUUAGAUAUGGUUGUAGCAGAGUGUUAGAAACAUGCACCAUUCCAGGUGCAGAGCCUCUGUUAGGUUGUUCUUCUUUUUGUUCUGCUUUGGGUCUGUGAGAUAAAUAAUCUUGCAAAAGCUAUGACAUUUUUUAUUGCAGCUUUGGAGUACAACACAUCAGAUUUGCGCGA